CACACCUGGGAGUUCACCGUGAAGGUUAGGCGAGCUCUCGCUCUUGGACUGAAACCGUAAACUUUCAUUUUUUUCAGUUUUUCUGGAUCUUUUUAUUCUCUUUUAUAAUCGACGAUGGACAAGCAGCUUGGAUGGGGAAAGCUGUUUCUGAUACUCACAGUGCUGUCCUACUGCAGGAGUAUCCAGGUGUCCAUUCCAAAAAGUAAAUAUGAGGCUGAAAAAGGGGGCAGUGUUGACUUGACCUGCUCCUGGGUCCCUGCAAAUCCAUCCUUCAUUGAAUAUAUACUGAAAUGGGACGUCCUCCCAGAAAAAACUGGAGAUACAACGAAAACUGUGGCUACUGCAUGGUAUGGCAAACCGGUUGAAAUUUCCCCAUCUUAUGAAGGCAGAGCAUCCUUGGACGUUGAACCUGACACUCGAGUGAGCACACUGCAUUUAACACAGCUCACCAUGCAGGAAAACGGCCAUUUCCAGUGCAGUGUCCUUAUAUAUGGUGAUGAUGAUGGAAAACCACAGGCCACCACCUCCCUUUUGGUCCUGGUCCGUCCCUCUCCACCAAUCUGCAAGCUUCAGGGAAGUGCAGAAUAUUUUCAAAAUGUUACACUCACCUGUUUGUCUGAGGAAGGAUCCCCAGAACCCACCUACGACUGGAAGAGCUUUAGUGUCGACAACAGUCCCAGACAAUUUCCACCUAAAGCAACUCAAAAGGAUGGAGUCCUAUCUCUCUUCAAUAUAACAAGGGAGACAUCUGGGUACUAUAUUUGCACAUCACAAAAUCAAAUUGGUUCUGCCAGCUGCAACUUUACUUUGGCUGUGAUGCCUGCUAGCAUGAAAAUUGGAUCCACAGCAGCUAUAAUAGGAGGAGUCCUCGCAGGGCUCCUGGUGGUGGGGAUUCUCAUCAUCUGUCUUUAUCGGAGAAGGAGCAAGAAGAAUAAAUAUCCUGAGGGUUCCCCAGAAGAAAUGAGGUAUUACGACCAAGAUGCUGCCGAAGGUGAAGAACCAUACUCGGACGACAAGUCAAACAGCGAGAAAAAACAGGCCAGCCAGAAUGAGGUUAAUGAUGUGGCACCUCAAAACAUUUCCAGAGUCGAAGAAGUUGUGCAGAAGUUUGCAGAUGAUCAGUACAGUUACAAUAGCAGCAAAGAAAGGUAUGAAGGCAAGGGCAGUGAUAUAGACUCUCACCGGUACCAGGACGACCAGCGGGACCAUUAUGGUGGUAACCGGGAUCGCCUUGAGGAUCAACGCGAACGUUAUGGUGGUAGUAGAGAUCGCCUCGAGGAUCAGCGUGAUCGUUACGGUGGCAGUAGAGAUCGCCUCGAUGAUCAACGUGAUCGUUACGGUGGUAGCAGAGAUCGCCUCGAUGAUCAGCGCGAUCGUUACGGUGGUAGUCGAGAUCGCCUUGAUGAUCACCGCGAACGUUACGGUGGUAGUCGAGAUCGCCUUGAUGAUCAGCGCGAUCGUUACGGUGGUAGCCGGGACCGCCUGGAUGAUCAACGUGAACGCUAUGGUGGAAGUCGUGAUCGCCUUGAUGAUCGCCGUGACUAUUAUCGCGGUAGCCGAGAUCGCCUUGACGAUUACAGUCGAGAUGACCGCGGUGAUCGCUAUGGUGGUAGCCGAGAUCGACUUGAUUACAGUGACAGAAACCAGUAAAAAUCUUUUACUGCUUAAGUGAAACCUGCAAAAUGAAUUAAUGUCUUUUGCCUUGUCUCCCUCCCCUCAGGCCCAGCUGGUUUCUUCCUAUUAAAAGGGAGUUUUUCCUUCCCACUGUCGCCAAAGUCCUUUUUCAUAGGGGGUAAUCUGAUUGUUGGAUUUUCUCUGUAUUAUUGUAAGGUCUUUACCCUACAAUAUUAAGCGCCUUGAGAAGACUGUUGUUGUGAUUUGGCGCUAUUUCAAUAAAAUAAAACUGAAUUGAAUGCAUCAUGAGAAAAUAGAAAUAGCAACCUGGAAGACUCAUGGCCAGACCACUCUAGCUUUACAGCGGCCCCUAGAGACAAAACACGUACAAACUCCAAAACACGUGCAAACUCCAAACCAUGUACAAAUUCUAAAGCACAUAAAAAUUUCGAAGAAUGUGGAAACUCCAAAGCAUGUACAAACUCUAAAACAAAUGCAAACUCCAAAACUCAACGGAAGUGCUCCAGGACGCUAGGGGCAGUGUUGAGCUUCUCUCUGAGCAAAGCACACUGACUGUUAGCUAAAGUCAGAUUUGACUCCACCAUAAACCAAGCGUUUAUAGUAAUUAAAAACAAAUCAAACGAACAACAGUUUGCACAUUACCUUUCUUAUAAAGCGUGGUCGUUCUAUCCUUGCAGGUGUUUAUCCUAUCCAACUCCAUGUGUUUGCAACAAACUUGCCGUUUAUUUUGCAAAUCGAACUCAACACUGCCCCUAGCGUCCUGGAGCACUUCCGUUGUGUUUAGAAGUUUGCAUUUGUUUGGGAGUUUUUACGUGCUUCGGAGUUUGUACAUGCUUUGGAGUUUGUAUGUGCUUUUUGGAGUUUGUACGUGUUUUGGAGUUUGUACGUGUUACCACCAUAGGUAGUUGAGCUAACUCAACAUACAUUACACUGAUGGAAGUCAUUAAGUUGAAUUUUGAUUACUACAAAACUGCGCAAAAGUCUUGAAUUACCCCUUGUUCUGCCCCUGAAGGGAGAGAGUAUGUAAUCGAGUUCGCGCGUCUGUUUGUCUCCUUGUUAGCAGUCUAUUGCCAAAGUUGUAAAGAUAUAAUCUUUUUUUUAUGGAUCAUCUUCAAACUUCACAACAAUAUACUAGGCCAACAAAAAGCACCUAACUCACAGAUUAAUCCAAAGGGAAAAUUAUAAAUGCAUUGUUUAACGCCUUUCUACUCAUCAGAGCAAGUGCUUUUUUACUACAAGUUUCAUUAACACACAUUCAUGAAUGUUAGAAACAGCCGUUUCUAACAUUCACCCACAUUUACUCAAAUUCCAAUGGAUACAUCAGAGGCAACUGGAAGAGUCAGGAAGAGUCAGGUAUUGAUCCAUUGUCCUUCUAAUCAGUAGAUAACUAAUUCCAUCAUCUGAGCCACAGCCGCCCCAGUGUUUUGGCUGCAGGCAACUUAGCAAAGAACCAAUUUGAAAUAGCAUCUUUGGGCACUUUGUUACUAGCAGGCUGUAAAACAAAACAAAAGAAAAGAAAAAGAAAACAUAAUUUGAUUCCAUUAGUUUUCUGUAUUAACUGGAACUUUAGACCUUAUUGCUAACUCCGUGACCGAACAAAUUUCAGUAAGUUUGUUUUACACAACUUUGCUGUAAUACACCAUCACAUGAUCAGAUUUUCUUGAAGGACAUUGAUUUGCUGUGAACAUGGCCUAUAUAAAAAAUGUAUUAGUGUUAAUUUUCGCAAAAAGUUUGAUUAAUCCUUGAAUCCCAUGUUCAAAUUUAUCAUAAAUGUUAGUUUGUUGUUAUUGAUACAUUUACUGCCAUUAUUGGUCAGUUCGUGCAUUUUUUACUUUUUUUUCAUAAUGCAAAAUGUGUUGUUUUUGUAUUUUUGAGUUCAGCUCCUUUUUAUGCUUGAGAUGAAAGUGUAUGCUGUUAGCUAUUUUUCUAACAAAACUUACUAAUUUGUUGUUUCUUCUUGUUCAUUAUUUUAAACUAAAAAGGUUGUUUUAUGGUGUUAUACAAAACCAAAAAUUGUGAUUCGGCUAUGUUUUGCUCAACUCUUGUAUUGUGUCAGAAAAUAAAAUCAUUAGCAAACAA